AGAAUUUUGUAUUUUUUGUAGAAACAUCAUGAAUCAACUUUUUACUAAUCUCGAAAAAAAUGAAUGCACAGUUUUCAGCCAUGAAUUUAAAUUAGAAUUUAGUGAUAGUGUUGGAGAAGAUUGGAAAACUCUUGGACGUUGGUUAAAUAUUGAAGAAAACUAUUUAGACAUGAUUGAUAAAGAUGAUACUAAAGCUGAUGCAAAAGCGUAUUUAAUGUUAACUAAAUGGGUGCAGAUUAAUGGAAAUCCAACAUUUGAGGAGUUAAAAUCAGCUUUAAUGAAAAUGAAGAGAAUGGAUCUAGUUGGAACAAUUGAUGAGUUAGCAUUGUUUAAAAAAAAGUUGAAUUCUAAUAAAAUAAUUUCAAAAUGUUGUGGUGAAAUAAGUUAUAAAAUUGGGAGCGAUUGGUCUCGAUGGGGAAGACACCUGGGAUUAGAUGAUACAGACCUCGAUAACAUUAACUCUGAUCAUACAAAAUGUUUUGAUAAAGCUGAAAAUGUUUUAAAAAAAUGGAAACAAAUAAAUGGAAAUCUUUCAUGGGAUCAAUUAAAAAAAGAAUUAAUAACUUUUAACCGUAAUGAUAUAGUAGCUGAAAUUGAGGAGAAAUUCAAAGAUCACUUACCUAGUCUAAAUAAAUUAAGGAAGAGGAAGAAGAAGAAUAUUAAAAAGCAAAGAAAAAGAUACAAAACUUUGAACUUUGAUUUGUCUGAACAAUCGAGAAAUAAAUUUAAAAAUGAUUCUUCAAAUCCAUCUGAUGUUGCUAGCAGAGUUCAUGUAAAGAAAGAUAUGUCAGAGAUAUGCACAGCACUAAAAAAUUAUUAUCUGAAAAAUCAUGGAAAAAUAAACGAAGUUCAACCACUAUUAAAAACACCUGCUAAUGUUGAUUUAAUACAAAAAUUUGUUGAUCUAUGUAUUGUAGAUGCAUAUAAUACUCAAAUGGAUGUUGUUUGUAGUAAUGAACGAAAGAAAUUUCUUAAAAAGCAAAUGAGUUAUACACCAAUUCCAUACAGUGACAUAUUUAUGAAAGAAAAAUCUCUAAUAUUAAUAUCUGGAAUAGCUGGUAUUGGGAAAACAUGGUUGCUCAGAAAAUGUUUACUCGAUUGGUCAAAUAAUUUGAUUUGGAAUAACGUUGAACUUGUUUUUUACUUGGAAUGCAAGAGGCUUAAUCAAUAUCAAAAUAUUUCGAAUAUUAAUGAAUUACUUAAUGUUUUCUACAAAGAUGUUAUAAAUGAUUUUAAUAUUAGUAAGAAUACUGCGUUGUUUAUAAUUGAUGGAUUAGAUGAAUUUAAAUAUAUAAAUGAAUUGUUAGAUCCGAAUUCAAGUUGUACCUAUCCGAUUGUUAAUGUUUUAACAGAAAUUCAAAGUUAUAAACAUGUAGUUGCUGGUAGAGUUUAUGCAAUUGAUAAAUUCCAAAAUAUAUAUAGAGAGCAUGAGGAUAAGUUAACUAUUCAAAUAAUGGGGUUUAACAAAGAUGGAGUUGAAAAUUAUAUAGAAAAUCAUGUUAUAGAAGAAAAAAAAGAAGUUGUUAAAGCAACUUUGAAGGAGUCUCCAAUUGCAAAAGUUAUGGCAUCUGUUCCAUUUUAUUUAUCUUCCAUGUGUAAAAUCAUCAGUGAUUCAAGCAAAAUUUAUACAAAUUCUUUUUUAACGAUGACAGAAUUGUAUGCAAAUAUUUUUUUAUAUUUUUUGCAAAAACAUAUUAUCAAAAACAAUGGAAUGGUUUAUGAAAUGAUGGCAAAUGAAAAUAAUAAGAAAUAUGUUUUAAACAUUUGUAGGAUAGCUUUUGAACUGUUUAUUGAAAAUAAAUUUAUUUUUUCGAAUGAGGAAUUCCUACAGUUUAUCAAUAACUUCAAUGAAGUUGAUGAAAGUUUUUUUGGUUUUAUUGAAAGGAUUGAAACACAUCUAGGUUAUUUUUACCAAUUCGCUCAUUUGACAAUAAUGGAGUUUUGUGCAUCUGUGUACGCAUACAAUUGUUUAAGCAGUAAUGAGAUUAUGGCCAAUAGAAAGCUAAUGAGUUGUUUACCAAUGAUUUGUGGAUUAGGCAAUAAAAACCAAAAUAUUUUAUUAAAGUUUCUUGUUAACCUGAAUCCUUCUAAAAAGUUUAAAGAAGAGUCUUCAUUUUUGCUUUCUAUUUUAGGUUAGUAAGUAAUAUGUUUUGAAA